AUGUCCAACAUUUUAGGACUUCGAGGAGGUUCUAGACUAUGUCGAAUAGCCCCCAGAUCCCUUUAUCAAAGCUAUAGAUGGUUUCACUUCUCAAGACCGCUCUUCUCAAGUUUGAUGAACAAUACUAAUGACAUUUUAGUCAAUGCCACUGCUUCGAUGAGAAGGAAUAAGGUGAUAGACAAACCUCAGAUAUCAAAAAAUCAGCCCGAAAAAGGUGCCAAUCAGAGAAAAAGACUAGUCAAAGGCUACUCAUCGGGAUAUCAAACUAAAAAGAGAUUAACGAUCAAUUGGACAACGGGAAGUGAGAGGGCACAGAAUGCUGCUAACCAUACUCUGAAACAAAUCCUUAAAUUGAACGACCGCGGUGUGAUCAAAGUUGUAAACCAGGAGACAAACAAGCUAGAGGAGACAACUGUCAUGAUUUGGGCUUCAGAAAUUGAUCUAGAGCACUUCGGGUUUCUGGUGGUGAACGUUGAACAACGGGGUUCUCACAACAUACCUCUCGUCAAGCUAGUUGAUUCGAAAACAGCAUUGAAGAAGUAUUCGGAUGAGCUUGCCAAGCUUAAGGAACAAGAAUUGAUGAAAAUGGGAUUUUCGCACAGAAAACUUGGAAAGAAGAACGAAAAGGACAGUGCAGAUGAUAACUUAAAGCAGAUAAAGGUAUCCUGGCAGAUUUCUGAUUCAGAUCUCAACAAACAGAAAGCCAACGAGAUAACCUCUCAGCUGAAAAAGGGCUAUAAAGUUUAUUUAUACCUAAAUGGGAAGGACGCUUUGAAUAAAGCGAAUUGGGCUGAUGAUAUAACUAGUUCUGCUGAGGUAUUGGAAAGUAAAUUCAAGAGCCAGAAAACCACCGCCAAAGAAUUGAAGAGACGCCAACAAGUACUAGAGCAGCUCAUCGAGAUUGUAAGUGAACUUGCGCUACAGCCCUCCAUCGAAGGCAGUACAGAAUCGAAAUUAAUCAUGAAGCUUUCCCCGAAAACCUCUAUUACGAAGAAAGAAAACAAGACGGCUUUGAAGGAAGAACGUAAGAGGCAAAGACAAGCGAAGGUGGAGAUGAAGGUGGAGAAAAAGAGGAGAAAUGAGGCAAAGUCUGCCUUUUAA